GUUGAGGCGAAGCUGCUCUGUCCGACGUGGGCUAGCGCAUUUGUGUGACCGGCGAACCACCGAAAGUAGCAGACUAUGAGCCGAUAUUACACAGUGUGAGCAGAAACAACAACAAAAAAUGUUUCCAAGCACAUAGGAUAAGGAUGUCAUGGAAUGAGCAGCAGCAUGACGAUUAUGUUUCGAUAUGCCGCGGUAAAACACCGUGAGGCGGAAGUGACGUCUUUAAUUCCGUGAGGAGCCAAGACCUUCUGUUGGAGUCACAAAUUGCGCAUGGCGUCAGAAUGCUCUGGGGUGCUCUCAAGCACAGAGGAUGCUGAUGUCCAAAUAGACACAAGCAAAGCAGAAGGUCCAGCUCACCCAGAGGAUGUCAAAACAGAUGAUAAAGGAGUCGACGUGUGCCCGUUCUUCCUGGAAGGGAAGUGUCGCUUCGGAGUCAGAUGUCGUAUGUCCCACAGGUCAACCCAGCUGAUCUGUGAAGUAACCAGCAGCUCACUUGACCCAGCUAUGGCUGUUGCAGACAUUCUUCUUCACGACCAGGAGGACGAAUGUGAUGAAAAGGAAAAGAACAAGGGCCAUAAGAACAAAUCCCCAAAGCCUAAAGAAAGUGAGAGAAAAGAUGUCAACAAAAAGCCCUGCAUGCGGACAGCUGAUGACGUAAUCUCUCGGAUUCUGUGGGACUCUUCGGUUGAUGAGACGCAAUUCGGAGUAGGAUAUGUGGACCGUUUCUUGGGUGUGCUGGAGCGCCCCUUCUCUGAAUUCAACUGGGACACUAACCCACGUGACUGUGACUACACCGAGCUUGCCCUGCCCAGGCACAGGAUCCAGUACUUCACCUACAAAGGUCACCGCGUCUGGGACCGUCACAGCAGGACUGACAGGGUGUUUGGGUCCACCGGUCAAUCUCUGGCUCCCCCCUUUGGAGGGGAGGAGGAAGUAGGAGAAACACAGCCUGACGACCAAGAGCUACAAGAGAGAGUAACUUUGGAUCACCCAGAAUCAACAAGAGCGCAUCCACCUGGUGCUGUCGGGGAGAGAAUGGAGUGUAUUCAGGCUGAGAACACACAUCUGGAGGAAGACAAGCACAAUGAGAUUAACGCUCACACCUCUGAGUCAGCACAAGCAGUUCAGGCGUCGGCAUGUGAUGUGCAAGAGUCUCCAAAUAGCAUGAAGGCCUUGGAAGAUAAAGUAGGACUGGGCUUAAAAGAUGGUGACACAAAAUACAAAUUGGCCAACGGGGAAGAAAGUUUUGAAGGCCAGAACAAUUUGAAUCUCUCGGCACCUCUUGAGCAGCAAGAAGAGAGCCACGGUCGUCGUCCCCCUAAAAAGAAGCCCACGCACUUCAUCACAUUCAGGGCCAACACUCCUGCCAUCCUCACCUGUUUCCAGCAGCUCCAGGAGGAGAUCUGUGCCCUUCUCCCGUCGUCCGCCCCUCACUGGCAGGACUCGGCCAGCCUGCAUGUCACCCUGUGCCUCCUGGUCCUGCCAGGUUCGGCCGAAGUUGAGCUCGCUGAGGAGAUCCUGCGACGCUUUGCCUACUUUGAUCGCAACCCCCCCGUGGCCGUGACCUUCCCCGUGAAGCUGAAGCAUUUCAAUGGUAGGGUGCUGUACCUGAGCCCCCAGCCUCAAUUUCAGCUCCAGCAGCUCAAUGGUGGCCUGCAGGAAGAGUACAGGACCCGGGGAUUGCUCCACAGGGACUCCUACAACCCGCGGUAUCAUCUCACCCUGGCCAAGGUAAAGGACAGGGAGGGAGAACGCAUCUUUAAUGACGUGGGCGACCUGAAGGUGGGCAAAGGUUUAAAUUUCGGCCGUUUGCCUGUGAACUCUUUGCACCUUUGCGUCAUCGGGGAUGCCGAUGUGGACAAUUUUUAUGAGACUGUGUGUACGGUGACGCUACGAUAAUUGAUUGCGCAUCUGCGGAUAAUUCGUGCGCUCACCAAAUGCUUUAUUAGGUACACCGGUACGACACGAUAACGUCUGAUACAGGAGCUGUAUCAUAAACUCUGCCUUCACAAAAAUAAUCAUAUUCAUUUUUGGGUAAUUAUGCAGCAAUGUUUUUAUGGUUGAGAACUACACUGCAACGUUCCUAUUUAGGGUGGUAAAAGAUAACAAACGGCUCUGUGUGAUUUACUGCGUUGCAAAAUGCAACCACCAUAAUAACCAUAUACUUAAACAAAGAGCUCUCGUAACUUUUUUUUAUCAUUGUGGAGGCAGAAUAACUUAAAGAGCAAUUGUAUUGGGUCUCACUGAUUCGUGAGCAUGUAAUGUUUUUAAUCAAUGUGUGUAUAAGGAUGUACUUAUAAGUUGGGUACAGAUCACUGGAUACAAGAACUUGGGGAUAUAGGAAAGCAGAUUUCCUGAAUCAAUCAUUUUUGGGGUGUAUGAUGUUAGAUAUAAAUAUUUAAAUUUAAAAACAGGACAUGAGGACAGGCUACCGUUUUAAAGACAAAUCUGUUAUAUAAAUAUCUUAAAUAUGAAUGUAUCCCAUAAAUUAUGCAGGGACUUUGCGUUCAAAAUUAUUUUUUUAGGCUCCAGCAAUCCUCUGACCCUUGUGGAUAAGCGGCAUGGAAAAUGGAUGGAAAAAAAGUUGAAAAGUGUCUCGUGUACGUGGGAUAACCCUUUGAGGUUUUAGGUUUCCUGGCAGAAUAACAGCUUGAACUCAGGAAUGCAUAGAUGAUUUUAAUUCAUGUUUCACAUGUUUACUGAGGCACCAUCGAGCCAAUGAUACAUACCAAAUACUAGAAAGCUGGUUUGUGAAAUAUGGCACCUUUUAAAUAAUCAAACAAGGUAUCUGUUUUUGUAUUCAUAUGCAUUUUAAUCAGAAUUUGGAAGAUCAGAGAUGCAAUGGACCUUUCCUAUGGUGAUCUCAAGCUUCGCCUCCUUAGCCAUGUCCCACAGGCUUCCAAAAUGGCGACUGAACAGAACAUGUUUGAAGUCGAUUCUCUCUCGCGUAUUCCAGAUGAUAUUGCGGUAUGUUUUUUGCCAAAUGCGUCAGACUUGUCCAUGAGAGUUCUACAGAGAGGUCUUAACUAUUUCACAUCAGGAUUUGUACACGGAAUUAAGAUUUUGGAUGGAGUAGGACGCAAUGUCAAGAGUUACAGCCAAACGUUGGCGAUCGAUGCAAAAAAGUUUGACGCCUCAUAAACUUCGUAUUGAAAUCCAAGAGGAUAAAAUAGUGGAAUUGUACUGCGCAUGUAAAGCAGGGUGAGUACAUUUUACUUGGAAGGAUCACGAGUAAUAUCAUUUGUCUUUAUAAGUGACCUGGCUCAUAAUUUCUGUCUUUAAAGUCUGAUGUGAUACAAAUACCCAAAUAUUUCUACCCAAAUUUCUCUUGCAUGACAUCGCGCAUUUUCGUAUCACUAACCCCACUGUUCAGCAGAAAACAUUACACACUUUAUUCAGCAGGUCAGUGAUACACUAACAAAGUGAAAGUUGUUCUCCUGAAAUGUAUAAAGCACUGAUAAUAGUUGAAUCAAACUCAGAGAAGUUACUUCUCCCUCGCUUACCUUCGAACAUACAGCCUUGUGUUUCUUGAUAUUAUCCACAUUUAGUUGUACGCGCGCGCUUCCGCAAGCCUUAAUCCAUCGUAGACACUUCGUCAACUGUGUUUUAGGCUUUGGAAAAUGAAUCAACAAGGCCCCUUGUAACCUAGCAGGAUAUUUUUCAUCAGAAUUGCAUGUUCCCCAAGCGCAUCUGAGGACCAUUUUCUUCGUAACAUUAA